CAUUAGCNAGGAAAACAUUUUUCAGGCAUUCAAGUGGCAAAGGUUGAGGGAUUUGUGAUUUAGGUCACAGGUUCAAGUCCUGUGCCAUGCGAACUAGGCCUGGUAUUUAAGUGCAGAAGGGUAGAAGGUCGAGUCCAUUAUCCCUGAGUUACAAUGGUUGCAGUUGGUCCUACGGGUUGGCCCCAGACAGAUUUCUCCGUCAUUGAAAUAAACAAGAACCUUACACCCUGAAUUGCAAGCGGAGCUUCUCCUGGCAUUGAUAGUCACGUAGCAAAAUGGCUGUUUGUGGUUCAAGAACUUCUAAUAUUGGUCAUUUUGUUGGCAAUAUGACUGCUAGGCGCCUACAAUAUGGUUUGUCAGUAAAUAGUAGCACCGUCUCUUACAGCAAUAGAAGCAUUGAGAAUCUUAGAAAAGCCAAUAUUAGUUUGAGAAAUAAAGACAAGCCCCAAAACUUCCUGUUAUCUCAAUAUUUCAGAACUAGUGUUGCAAAGAGGAGGGGUAAUUCCAAUCCAUACAAAGGAUUUGGAUUAAAAGGUUUUCGCAUUUUAUCACCUGUGCAUUUCUCUUCUGAAACUACUUCUGCUCCUGGUCUGUCUUCUGAUAACUCUAAGGGAAAGGAACAAGCUGCAAAUACUGCUGAUUCUUCUGAAGGAAAGAUACACCUGAAGCUGAAUUCGGGAUCAUUUUACCUGCCUCAUCCCGCUAAAGUAAAAAUUGGUGGAGAGGAUGCCCAUUUUAUUUAUGGCCCUGCACAAGCUAUAGGUGUAGCUGAUGGGGUCGGUGGAUGGGCUGAUCUUGGUAUUGAUGCAGGGGAAUAUGCCCGUGAAUUAAUGUCUAACUCUAUAUCUACGAUACAAGAGGAACCUAAGGAUUCCAUCGACCUAAUCAAGGUCCUUGAGAAAGCUCACAUAAGAACAAAAGCAAGAGGUUCUUCGACUGCUUGUAUUAUUGCGCUCACUGAUGAAGAUCUUUAUGCUGUUAAUUUAGGAGAUAGCGGAUUUAUGUUGGUUAGACAUGGAUCUGCUAUAUUUAAAUCUCCUGCACAACUGCACGGUUUUAAUUUUCCAUAUCAACUGGAGGGAAGUAGUGCUGGUGAUUUGCCUAGCUUGGCUGAGGUGUUUAAAAUUGCAGUUGCUCCAGGAGAUGUCGUAAUUGCUGGUACGGACGGGCUUUUUGACAAUUUAUAUGAUGCAGAUAUCACUGGAGUUGUGCUUCAUGCUGUGGAAGCUGGCUUAGGGCCACAGAUGACAGCUCAAAAGAUAGCAGUAUUGGCACAACAAAGAGCAAUGGACCCAACUAAGCCGUCCCCUUUCUCUGAUGCAGCCAAAGAGGCCGGAUUUGAGUACCACGGGGGAAAACUUGAUGACAUAACUGUAGUUGUUUCUUGCAUAACUAGUAACAGCAAUCCAUAAUAUUCUAGAUUUUCGAAGACAUGGGAAAUUGGGAAUGUUGACCACUUCGGAUUCUUAGUUUGGACACUGCAGUACCAGAAAUCAGCGGCAUCAGUGGGUUGAAUUUUUGCUCUUGGAUUGCCGAAAGAACAAUUGUUGAAAACGAAAGCUCUGCAGCUGCAUGUUGCGGCAAGCUAGUGGAGCACCUUAUUUGGUCAAGUGUUUUAGUUCCUAAAAUUCAAAUGGGCUGAUUGAGUUCAUCAGAAUUUAUUGGAGGGCGCUAUGUUCUACCAUGACUAAGUUGAUAGAGAUCUUAAUUGAUUAAUUGUUCUUGUUGA